UUUAAAGAUAAAAUAAUUUUUUCCACUGCUUGUUUAUAAUCGUUUAUAAAGUUUUUUAUGCUCAAAAAAGUGUUCCUUUUCUUUUCCAGAUCAAUAUACCCUGACUUGCUGAAUUCAGUCUCUGCCUCUGAUAUUCGUCCAAGCUUUUCUUCCAAUAAAUGUUCAACUUCUUCUUUUGUAAUCUCAUUCUUUGUAUAUAUUAUAUUCAAAAUCUCUAACAUAGUUUCUGUCAUUCUGUCUUUCAUGCCACCUAUCUCUAACAAUUCUUUUUGUACAUCACUAAACUCAAUUUUAUUUUCCACUUCCUUCUCCUCAUCAUGCAAUUUUGUAAUCUUGUCUAUUGGCAUUUUGUCUAUUGUCAUUUUGUCCCUUGUCUUUUUGUCUUUUUUCGGUUUGACUGUUAUUUUAUCCUUUGUUUUCUCGUCUGUUGUUGUUUUGUCCAUUGCCAUUUUGUCUAUUGUCUCUUUGUCCUUUGCAAUUUUGUUUGUUGUCAUUUUGUCCUUUGCCAUUUUGUCUGUUGUCUCUUUGUCUUUAAUCUCUAGCAAAUUUUUUUGUUCGUCAGUAAUCUCAACCUUAUUUUGUACUUUAUUUUUUAUUUCCUUCUCCCAAUCAUGCAUUUUUAAAAUUAUAUGCAUGUUUUUCAAUGUUCGCUUUUUUACAUGUAUCUCCUCCGAACUUAUUAAAUUCUCUAUUAAUUUUCUAACAUUUGCGGUUUCAUUUUUUUCUGUUUUUAUAACUUUUACUUCCAACGAGCGUAGUAUUUUGUUAAAUUCUUCCUCUUUUUCUUCACAUUUUUCACUUAAAUGGUUUAGAAUGCUCUCUAAUGUGUUUUCUAUUGUUUUAUCUUCAAAAAUAAAUUCUUCAAAAUUUUCUUUGCUGAUACUAUUGAUAAAAUCAAUUUUUUGGAAUUUUCCAAAUUUCUGUAGCAAGUCAUCUCUGUUAAAAUGA